AUGUGGCUAACCAACACCAGAACCUUGACCCUGGAGCGCUUCCACGACCCCUCCGCCGUCAAGUACGCCAUCCGUUCACGCAACUGGGAGGAGGUCACCUUCCAGAACAUGGCCUACGUCCGCAAGGCUAAGCGGAAGGCAGGCUUCGCCAAAAUCGCCAGCGCCUACAAGAUGGCCCUGGAGACGGGGGGCCUCGGGUACGCCUGGGUCGACACCUGUUGCAUCGACAAGAACAGCAGCGCGGAGCUCAGCGAGGCCAUCAACUCCAUGUUCCAGUGGUACAGGCAGGCCGACGUCUGCUUCGUCCUCCUCUCGGACUUGCCCCCUAAAACGAGGCCGCAGCCGCCGCCCGAGGACGCCGCGGCCCUGGGCGUCUGCAGGUGGCUCAGCCGUGGCUGGACCCUGCAGGAGCUGAUGGCGCCGACCUACGUCAAGUUCUACGACGCCGGCUGGCAGUACUGGUUCACGAAAGACGGCGAGGCGUCGACGCUCUCCGCCAUCACCGGUAUCGACCACGACGUGCUGGCGUUGAAGAAAGAGAUGACCGCCGUCCCCGUCGCGGUCAAGAUGUUAUGGGCAUCCCGCCGCAAGACGACGCGUGUGGAGGGCCAAGCCUACCCCCUGCUCGGACUGUUCGACAUCGACAUGCCGAUGCUCUACGGGGAGGGCCACAAGGCCUUCCAGCGGCUCCAGGACGAGAUAGUCAAGGAGACGGACGACAUGUCACUCUUUGCCUGGCUGGCGGAGAGGGGUAGCAAACAGCUCUACCGCGGGGCGUUUGCUGGGUCCCCAUCAGAGUUCGCCCACUGCGCGACGCUGGAGCAGAGGAGG